ACAAGGAUUAAAUGGGAUUAAACCAGCGGUUAGUUUCACUGGUGUAAACAUUUCUCCUUUUCCAGUGUCCUGGUACUUUAUGAGCGUCUUUAAGCUGUGUGGUGUAGAGGGACGUUUGUGCUGAACGUGUCAGAAAGAAGGAAAAGCCCUAAAGCACAGGGCUGACUUGUAAUCUGUGCCUUUCCGAGCUGCAAUGAGUGAUGUUGUUGAGAAAACCCUCAGUGCCCUCCCGAGUCUGCUGUCUCUGGAGUCUCAGUCUGGAGCCAACAAACUUUCACCCACAUCAAAAUUAGGACAUUUAGUCAGAAGCAUCACUGAACUGACAUCCAAAAAUGAAGAAGAGAAGCUCAUCAUUAAAGAGCUGGCUGCUGUUAAAGAGCAGAUAUCGUCCCCUAACACUACAAUGAGACAAAUGAGGGAGCUGAUGGUGAGAGCCAUGUAUUGUGAGAUGCUCGGAUAUGAAGCUUCUUUCGCUUACAUUCAUGCCAUCAAACUGGCUCAGCAAGGCACAGUACUGGAGAAGAGAGUCGGUUACCUUGCAGUGUCACUGUUUCUUAAUGAGAGUCAUGAACUGCUGUUACUGCUGGUCAAUACUGUAUUAAAGGAUCUUCAAAGCACCAACCUCAUUGAGGUCUGCAUGGCUCUGACUGUUGUAAGUCAGAUAUUUCCCAAAGACAUGAUACCAUCCAUUCUGCCCCUGGUAGAAGAGAAGCUGUCUCAUCAAAAGGAAAUCAUUAGACGGAAAGCGGUGCUUGCUUUGUACAAGUUCUAUCUGAUCGCUCCGAAUCAAGUGCAGCAUAUUCACAGCAAGUUUCGGAAAGCCUUGUGUGAUAAAGAUCCUGGGGUCAUGAUGUCUUCUUUACACAUCUACCUGCAGAUGAUAAAGGUCUUCACUACACACUUCACAGAGGUUCCUUCCUCCCUCCACGAGAACCCAGACAAUUACAAGGAGCUGACCAGCAGCUUUGUAACCAUCUUGAGGCAGGUGGUUGGAGGGAAACUGCCUCUGGACUUUAAUUACCACGGUGUACCUGCUCCAUGGCUGCAGAUCCAACUGCUCCGUAUUCUGUCUCUGCUGGGGAAAGAGGACCAGAGCACAAGUGAGCUGAUGUACGAGGUCUUAGAUGAGUCUCUGCGCCGAGCAGAAAUGAACCACAACAUUACUUAUGCAAUUCUGUACGAGUGUGUUAAGGCAAUCUAUACUGUUUACCCUAAAGCUGAGCUGCUGGAAAAAGCAGCUCGAUGCAUUGGAAACUUUGUACUGUCUCCGAAGAUAAACCUGAAGUACCUGGGGUUGAAAGCUUUAACAUACGUUGUUCAGUAUGAUGCUAACCUCGCUCUGCAGCACCAGAUGACUAUUAUAGAGUGUUUGGAUCACACAGAUCUCAUCAUCAAGAGAGAGACAUUAGAGCUGCUCUUCAGGAUCACUAACGCUCAGAACGUCACUGUGAUCGUGGAGAAAAUGUUGGGAUUCCUCCAGCUUUGUAAUGAUAACUACACCAUCAUUGAUCUUGUGGGAAAAGUGGCUGAGCUAGCUGAAAAGUAUGCUCCAGACAAUGAGUGGUUCAUUCAGACUAUGAAUGCAGUGCUCACUCUGGGUGGUGACCUCAUGCAGCCAGAUAUCCCCAACAACUUCCUCAGGCUACUCACAGAGGGUUCAGAUGCUGAGGAGGAUGACAGGUAUCUAAAACUCUAUGCAGUGGACUCGUAUAUGGCAAUGCUGAAGGGUGACUGUUCUCACCUGCCCCAGUGCUUCCUCCAAGUCAUCAGCUGGGUGCUUGGCGAGUACUCGUGCAUGAGAGAAGGCUUGGACCAGCGUGAGGUCAUGAACCUCCUGAAGAAGCUGUUGGAGCAGAGAGGAGUGAGUUCAGAGACCAGGAGCUGGGUACUGUGUGCCCUCACUAAGCUGUGUCAGAGCUCUGGGUCUGCAGAGCUGGUAGUGGAGCUGACGGAGAGCUUGGCCUCGUCCCUGGACACGGUGCUGCGGCAGCAGGCUCAUGAGCUGCAGUGUCUCAGUCGAGACUCACAGCUUCACGCUCGGGUACUGCUACAAUCCAGGGACAGCACGCAGGUGGACUCCUCUCUCUCGUUUUUGGAUGGGUUUGUAUCUGAGGCUCUAGCUGCAGGUGCUGCUCCCUAUAAACCCUCUCAUCAGAGACAGGAAGAGCUUUGUCAGCAGAGAGCUCUGAGUUUGCAGCCAUAUGCACUGUCUCUGCCUGUGAACAUGUCCUCCUGUACGCUCACAGACAGACAGUCCCCGACUCUCCUGUCUACAAGCUCUGGCUUCUCUGGUAACAGCACUGAACCGUCCUUAAAGACAGGAGCGAGCACACUUGUGUUGGAGGGGGUGAAGAGAGUGUGGGGGAAGGAGGGUUAUCUGCCUCAGAAGGAGGUUACAGAAUCCUCAGCAGUAGUAGACAGUGUACUUCAGUCAUCCAACAAGGAGGCGGCUACACACGUUCCCCAGCUUGAGCUCGAACCCGAGCCUGAGCUCGAGCCUUCACAUGUGGACCAGGAGAAGCAGCAGCUGGCAUCAUCUCUGUUUGUUGGACUGGGCUCUCAAAACUCUACAUCUCUGUUGGAGAAAACUGAAACUCCAGCUCCUCGAUUCAGACGAAAACACCGGCAACACGAGUCAGGAUCAUCAUCAUCGAGCACCAGCGAGACAUCUACAAACUCCUCCCAUGCUUCCUGGCGCAGGACAGACAACUUAUACGAUGGCUUGCUGGAAGAGGAGCCAGUUACACAGUUUGUACAGAACUUGAAUCACACCCUGAAGUCCACUACACUUAACGGCAGCUGUGAUACGACGCAAUCAUGUGCAACCGUUUCGCAAAUCGGUUUGGAUGAAAACGAAGCUGACGCUGCUGAUGUGCUGAAGAUCAGCCCUAACACUCUAGCAGAGGAAGCAUCAGUAUUGCCUCAAAACGGUUGUUCUGACAUCACUGUUCUACAGUUACCAUCUGAACUGGAAGACAUGCCUCACUCUGACAUUAUCAGCUUGACCUCUGACCCCUACCUGUCCGUCUCUUGCUGCCGCGUUUACAGAGAAGAUGCUCUGCUGCUUGUGCUGUUCAUCUGCAACACCACAGAGAUGCGGCUCCACAAUGUCACUGUCGAACUGAGCUGUGAGGAACUGAAGAUGUCGAGUCUAAGAGGAAAUGUGAUGGAGUGUCUGGACAGCAGGGAUUCAUCAGUGUGUCGUUACACUCUGCUGAUGGAGAAACCUCACAUACAAGUGACCUUCAGAGGAUCUGCGUUGUACCAAACACAGUCUGGACAUUCAGACACGCUGCUGUUCUCUGGCAAACUCUCCACAGAAGAUUUCAUAAGGCCACUGAUGCUGAGCACAGAAGAAUAUGGGAAACUAUGGAUGUCGUAUUCUAAUGAUGUGAAGCAGAACCUGAAACCACUGACAGGUUCCAAAGGUCCUCUCAUAACCUCUCUUAAUGCUCUUCAGGAAAGCCUUCGACUACACACAGUGCACAUUAUUGGAUCAGAGGGCAUCGUGGCCUGUCGUCUGCUGAGCGGCGCCCCCUGCCUGAUGCACUGUCGUGUACAUGGCGCCUCUCUGGUUGUAUGGUUGCGUUCUCCUCUACAUGCUUUCCCUGACUGUCUCCUCUACCACUGCCAGAGAGUCCUGCAAGACCCCUGAGCUUUAGCAACUCUAUGCAUCAAUCAUCUACUGAAAUGUUUUACAAUCCUUCUGCUCACUUGAGUAUGACUGACGAUUAGGAAUGAAGAAGCCGGACUGUGGAUGUGAUCAGAUCUUCCUUGAAGUAAUGACUGACUGUAAAGCAAUAUGUCAGCUGUCUGUCUUUAACGAACUGCUUUAUAAUUUUUUUUUCUAAUUGAAUCCAAUUCCUGAGCUAAAGCAAUGUCACACAAAAUGUGUAUAUCAAAAGAAGAUAUAAAUAUAUAUUUAUUGGUUUUCAUAUUUUAAACCUUUAUUUUUUUCCCCUUUUCUUCCACAUUUGAACAGACACGCUUAAUGUACAUGCUUAAUUUGUUACUGUUUUAAUCCCAGAAAUAUUUGUUAUGAAAGACCAUUAAUGAAGGAGCCACAUCUUCCUUUAUAGCUGUAGAGGAAAUAUAUUUUAUAAAACACUGA